AUGCCAGACUUCACCUUCCCCCCAGACUUCAAAAUCUCCACCCCACGUCUCCAAAUCACCCCAUUCGACCCCACCGAUCCAUCCCACAGCGGCUUCCUAGUCAAACUCUGGAAUACAGACGAUUUCAUCAAUUCCUGCGGGAAAACCGGAAUCACCACACUAGAAAAGGCAUCUUCAUUCCUCCAAGGCCGAGUUUCAGCACACUACGCCUACCAUGGUUACGGCAUGUACCUAGUCUCGCGACACACAGAUGAUGGCUUGAAGCCGAUUGGUACUGUAUCGCUUAUGAGGGGGAUUCCGCCAGAUUCGGGUUAUCUUGCCCCGGAUAUCGGGUUUGCUGUGUUACCCGAAGAAGGGCGGAAGGGGUAUGCGACCGAGGCGGCAAAGGGACUUUUGGAAUAUGCGAGUAAAGAUCUUGGGAUAGAUGCUGUGUUUGGAUUCUGUUCACCGACGAAUCUGCGGAGUCGGGGUGUUUUGGAGAAGCUUGGGAUGGUGUUUAGGGGGGUCAGGCCUUUGAAGGCUUUUGGUGGGGAGGAUAGUGCUGUUUAUGUUUUGCCGGGGAUGAGUGAGGAUUUGAGUGUUUAUGAUCUUGACUAG